UGAUGGGAUAAAGUUUAGUGCUGUGUUUCGCUCAAUUUUCGAAGUUAACCGAAGAAAAACGAUAAAACAAAAGGUAUGUUCGUGUGUCAGAGAACUUCUUAGCUAAAAGAAAAGAUGUUUAACGAUAGAAAAGUAGAAAUAUGUAUAUUUUCCGGUGUCUUGAGGUGACCUGUCAGAAGUAUGGAGGACUGAAAGUUACCGCUGAAGUGACAGUUCAUUCAGUGUAGCUACCCAGAGGCACGGGGCAGAGUGGGAGGGUCUGUCGUUGUGUUACACCGCUUCACUCCCAGAAGUUGUAGCAGAGAGGAGCUAAUCAUUACAAGUGUGGAUUACUGUCAGCACCCAGGUGACGGGACCGAUGAGAUGAUACUACAACACAACAGGAGCCCUCUGCUGCUCGCCGUCACCUGCAUGUACUUCUCAGGAGGUUUGCUCUGGUCCUACCAAGAAGAGGAUGCCAGCAACGGUGAAGAGUGCUCUGAGAAUAACAUUUCUACAACUAAGUACCCCUGCGUGAAGUCGACUGGAGAAGUUACAACGUGUUACAGAAAGAAAUGUUGCAGAGGCUUCAAGUUUGUGUUGGGCCAGUGCAUUCCUGAAGACUAUGAUGUGUGUGCUGGCGCCCCCUGUGAGCAACAGUGUACUGACCAUUUUGGGCGAGUGGUGUGCACCUGUUACCCUGGCUACCGCUACGACCGUGAGCGCCACAGAAACCGAGAGAGGCCCUACUGUUUGGACAUCAACGAAUGUGAAGACGAAAACACGACUGCAUGCUCUCAGAUCUGCAUCAAUUCAGUGGGGAGCUACAGGUGUGAGUGUGAGAAAGACUAUUUCCUGGAAGAAGAUGGAAAAACAUGCACCAAGGGGGAGAGAGCAGUGCAUCUCUUUGAGAAGUCUGACAACGUGAUGAAUGCUGGAACUUGCUCCGCCACGUGUGACGAUUUCCACCAGAUCAGGAUGUCUGUCCUGCAGCUUAAACAGAAGAUGGCCAUGCUGUCAAACAGCGCGGAUGUCCCUGAGCAGAUGACCAGCGAGAAAAUCCUGACAUCGCCCAUAUUUUUACCAGGGCCUCCAGGUCUCACCGGUCCCCCAGGAGAUCCAGGACCAGAGGGCCCUCCAGGUCUUCCUGGACUGUUUGGGCCACCCGGGCCUCCUGGUCCAAGGGGCUUGAUGGGACCUAUGGGACCCACACCAGACCUGUCUCACAUCAAACGGGGCCCCAGAGGACCUGUGGGGCCUCCAGGAGCACCAGGAAAAGAUGGCCUAAAGGGGGAUAGAGGAGCUCCUGGGCCUGUCGGACCACCAGGCCCUCCAGGCUCCUUCGAUUUCCUGCUUCUGCUGAUGGCCGACAUCCGUAACGACAUCGCAGACCUGCAGAGCAAAGUGUAUGGUCGACCACUGCACUCACCAGGGGAGGACUUUCCGGCGGUUCCUGAUACCUGGAGGGACAAUCAGGACAAUCUGGAUAUGGGCUCAGGUGAGGAGUACAAGGAAACUCCACCUCGAACAGGCGGAGGGUCCAAGAGGAACAGGAAGAGGAAACCAGCGCGAGAGAGAACAGACUUUGACUAGAGUAUUUAAAGAGGGUGGGUUUAAAUAAUGUCAGGUGUAAAUAUUGAAGUGGUUUGCCUUUUUUAUUUAAACAGAAUGUACUGUAUGCCUUUUGAUCACAGAUGUUUAUUUUUGUAUGAUAUACCAGAGUGUGUGAAUAUUUUUUAACAAAAUGGGGACUGUGCAAAUGCAUGUUUUUUUAUUCUAUAUUUUCAGAAACAUAUGGUUCCUUCACAGCACAUUAAACAAGUCUCUCAUGAAA